ACGUAAUAAGGGGAAAUUAGUCAUGUUGACUGGUGAUAAAAAAACCCGAGCCCUGCGCUGUAUGUAAUCCCGCCAUUUCCUUUUUCGUGAUAGGCACCGCCAUUUCCUCUCUCUCCCUAACGUGGAUUGAAAUUGAACAGCCGAACCAGAAGGAAAUCCGCUCGGUAUUGCUACAAUGUCUCUCUCUAGUCUAGGGUUAACAGAAUUUCCUCGACUAUCCAAAGGGUUAUGUGGGGUCCUUUUCCUUGGGUAUCUUCUUCAAAUACUAUUUCCUUGGAUAGUCGGCUAUACUGCACUUGUCCCAGCAAAGACCAUUCCUUUUGUGUGGAACAUCAUUACCGCAGGUUUCAUAGAGCAAUCAAUAUUUGGAUUGAUUGUUAGUAUAUUUGGCCUGCUUUUAUGUGGCAAGUUACUAGAGCCACUAUGGACAUCUAGGGAAGUUUUGAAGUUUGUUGUUUUUGUGAACACCUUCACCCUAUUUGGGGUCUAUGCCACUGCAGUUACUUCUUAUUAUAUAACAGGAAGAGAACGAUUUCUAUAUACAAAGCUUUCUGGGUUCCAUGGUGUCCUGGCUGGGUUUUUGGUAGGCGUGAAACAAGCAAUGCCUGAUCAAGAAUUUUCACUAUAUGGUAUCUCCCAGAUAAGAACUCAGUGGAUGCCAUCAUUGCUGCUAUUGCCAUCAAUAAUUAUUAGCUUUGUCACACCAGAAGCAAUUAGGUUCUUACCAUUCACAAUAUUUGGAACUUAUGGGAGCUGGCUUUAUCUGAGAUAUUUUCAACGGAUACCUGAAACCAGUUUAAUGGGCAACCCAGAAGAUGAAUUUGCUUUUGAAACAUUCUUCCCUCUCUUCAUCCGGCCUGUGGUCCAUGUCUUUGCAUCUAUUUUUCAUAAUGUGCUGUGUGGGAGUAAUCACCAGAGAAGAGAUGGCCACCAUUCAGAAACUCCAUCUGUGGCAGUUUGAAACUGUUGAAGCUUCCCGAAACUUGAAAGAGCUUCAAUGCUCUGUGCAGUCAUGCUGGUAUUUUUUUGUUGAGGUCAAAAUUCAAAGUAUAUUUGCAUUCUUCUUAUGAGGGCUAUCUGCUAAGAGGGGCAUAGUCAGGACAUCCCCAGCAGAGCAUGAUUGUUGAAAUCGAAAUCUGUGAUUCCACCCCAGGAAUUGGAGGAAAAAUGGUAAUGAGCUCUAGAUUUGUUUUCUUUUUCUUACUUAUAGAUGGAUGCUAGGCUGUCAUACACUAUUUGGCAAUAGUCCACCUUGUAAUCUUUAUGGAAGUUGGUAAUCAGAUUGAUUGUAUGCUAUGACAAGCAAUGAGAAAAGUUACGAGUGCCCCACCUCAUUCCUUCAUUGCUUUUA